ACUCUUCCGAAGGAGGGCGGGUCUCAUCGAUACGACCAUCUCCUCCGAAGGACGUUUUUUUUUCUUAUAUUUUUUUCGUGGGUGUCGAUGACGUCUGCUCCUGCUGCCGCUGCCUCUGCUUCGACGCCAUGUUUCCACCCCUGGCGAGGAGGCCGCCGCAGCGGCAGUAGAGGCCAGCCAGUAGGAGGAGGAGCCUUUUAGAGCCCUUGCCAGCCAGCCAGCCAGCAGGAGGAGUAGUAGUCGUAGAAGCAAAAGCAGCAGACGAUGAUGGCGGCAGCAGGCAUCAGCAGGGAGGUGGUGGUGGUCGGCGUCGGCUUAUAAUACCGAGGAUGGCCCACAAAGACGCCCAGUACCAGUCCGACAUCGUUUGUAGAAGUAGUAGUAGUAGUGGUAGCGGCGGCGGCGGUGGUGGUCGUGCCCUUGUGGAUUAUCAUUGCAACGACGACUUCGGCGGGAGCCAGAGGCACCACCUCAAAGCCGACUACUGCAGUGAUGUGGAAUAUUAUUACAGGACUACCAGUGACGAGACAGUGAGCGAGAAAGGCAAUCAUAGUAGUGUGACAGUGUGUGGAAAGGAGGCGAGGCCUCCUUUGUCGUCUUCUCCAUCAACAGCAUCGGAUAUUCACCAACAAAAUCCCCAACAGCAGCAGCUACAGCUCCAACACAAGGCGCUUAAGCAGAAAGAGAAGGAGGUGGUAAGCUGCGCUUCCGCCCCUUCAGCUGUUGUUGUUGGUGUAGCUCUUUCUUCUCCCUCAGCUUCUCCCCCAACAUCGCAGCAGCAUCUUCUCCAACAACAGAAUCCCCAACAGCUACAGCAGCAGCUCCAACAAAAACAUCACCAACACAAGGCGCUUGAGCAGAAAGAAGGCGACAGCUCUAAGGAGGUGAUCUGCGCUUCUGCCCUUUCAGCUGUUGUUGGUGUAGUAGCUCCAUCUUCUCCCUCAAAAUCGCAGCUUCUCCAACAACAAAAUCUCCAACAAGGCGCGGAAGACGGACCUGUGGUGAUCUGCUCUGCCGCACUUUCGUCCCCUACUGCUGUUAUUGGCGUAGUGGAGGCUUCGUCUUCCCCUAUAAUAUUUUCUUCCCGAUUUUUGGAGGACGUUUCUUGUGGCCCGGGGGAGGAGGGAGAGGAAGAGCAGAAAAAGCGGCAGCAUCCUAAGCAGGAGGGAGGGAAGGAGGAGGGAGGAGGAGGAGGAGAAAAAGCAGGGGAGAAGGAGGAGGGUGGUAGAAGCAGUAGGAAGGUUAGGUCUAGGUCCAGGACCGCCACCAGUAGGAGCAAGAGUAGCGACGACGCCCAGAGGAGUCGUCGCCUGCUGCUGCUGCUGCUGUCUGAAACAACAGCAGGAGAAGGAGAAGGUCAACGCGUUUCCGGACACGGAGUACCGUCAGCAGGAGCAGGUUCCAGGGGACAGGAAGCACAGGAGGAGGAGGAGGCGAUGAGGAACGAACGCCGAGCGCGCUUCGUCAGUAGCGAGCGAGUCGUCGCAGUCGGUAGUGCGAGUCCCUCCUCCGCCUUCCCAAUAGAGAAUCAUCCUGCUCACAUAGGCCUAGGACGACCACAAGCAGCAGCAGGAGCAGCGGUAGUCGUCAUGGAGGGACACGUAGACCAAACGGAUACGACGACGGCGACAUUAGCCAAGAAGAUCCACAAGACCAAGACGACUUCUCUCUACAGCUCCGACGAAGAGUGGGACGAGGAGGAGAGCGACCUGAGCAGCUGUGGCGGGGGGUCGUCCUCCGAGGAGGAAGACCAUAGCGACAGCAGCGACGACGACGACCCCAAGUCGCAGGUGGACAGGCUGAUCGAGAGGGGCACCCUGAUCUAUAUGGACGGCGAGAACUCCAACCUGUCGUCGGAGACGGAGGACGACUCCUCCUCCUCCAGUAGCAGCGACUACGACCAGAGCAGCGACAGCGAGAGCGACAUCACGGACGUGUCGCCGCUCCUGUCGGCGACGGCGAGUCCCCUGGGCCUGUCCCCCGUCCUCCCGAGGAGGGCUCUAGGCACCUCGCCCCUGGCGCUGCACGACAACAGGGACCUGGUGGUGGUCGUGGCCGCCGCCGCAGCAGCCGCUGCAGCCGCGGCGGACUACAACAACAGCAGCAGCAGGCCGGAGAUCUCCUCGAACGACCAGGGGUACGACUCGCAGCCGCACUGCAACGGCUCGAGCCACAGUAACAGCGACGACUCGACGGACAUGACGCUCCUCCUGAGGGCGGUGGUGGAGCUGGAGAAGAAGCAGAGGCAGAAGCGCAGCAGCAGGUCGUCCGCCGCUGCGGCGUUGUCGUCCAACAACGACCAUUACAAUAACAGACAUCACCACCACCAUCACCAUCACCAUAGGAGUAACAGCCACAGACCUAGUCGUCACGGCACUUCUGCUGCAGGAGGUGGUGGUGGGCGAGGUCGUCAUUACCACCACCACCACCAGCAGGAGAAGGAGAACCUGCAGAACGCCCUUCACCACCAGAUGACGACUCUGGAGCCCACCUCGCCCAUAUCAAUCCACCCCAUCGACGCUAGCCCCCACCACAGCCACCUGCGGAGGUCGUCCUCCUCCCACAGGAGGAAAAACAUGUCCUUCUCCAACGACGAGGUCCGCAGGAUAGACCGGGACAACCAGAUCCUCCUGAAGAAGAUCAUGAGCGCCCACACCAGGAGCCGCAACCACCACCACCACCAAAGUUCCUCCUCCUCCUCCAACCAGAAUCACAGGACCGUCCAUAGACCGGCCAAUUCCACCGUCAAUAGGAGGAAGGAGGAGGACAAGAUCCGGAGAGAGAAUAUGAUUCUGCUGCGGAAAAUCCAGGAAGCGAAGCCUUCAAAGGACGUCACCGCCUCCAGGUCCCCCCGUCACAGGACCGCCCACGGCCUCAGCGUCCGCCCGCCGUCUACUAGCCUUCCUGCCACCCCCGGCUCCAUAGGUGCUUCAGCUCGCACGGCCUAGGGAGGAGGAAGAAGGUCGGCUCCUACUACGGUCUUUCUACCUACGGGAGCCAGACAGGAGCUCCGUCGUCGUCAUCCUCCGCCGGCGCAGCCGCCGUGUGCGAUUGAGUGAUGAUGCCCUGUGAGGCAGGCCCAGGGCAGUGCACAGUUCCUCUGCAAACGUCUCUAUAACUAUAUACGUAUAUAUAUAAAUUUAGUCUUCGCGUGGCAACUGGUCUCCGUUCUCCAAGGAGGAGUUGUUGGAAGGUGUUCUCGCCCCCUUGGUCCUGGUACCCCCCACCAACCUGCGAGAGUGGGAGAGAGAGAACAAGAAUGACCUCCUCGGGGAUCAAGGCAGCAGCUGUUUAUGGUGGUGUAUUUUGAAGGUGUCUGAUAUGAUAUGUGUAUUCUCCGUCGGCGUGAACGAGAGAGAGGAGACGGAAGGAAAUCACCGAAGACGUUCUUUUUUAUAAUUUUUUUAUUAUUGAAAAGACGUGUCGUACGUUUUCGCAUCCGUAUGUACAGCGGCAGUAAUGCAUAAAGUGCUGUGCGGUGAAACUGUCAUUCGUCAUAUUCGCAUGAAUAUAUACAUUUAUAUCUGAUUUAGAGGGAUACUGUAGUCAUCCUUUAACAGAGCAGAAACAUUCAUGUCGGGGGCGAUGUCUAAGAAACGUGUUGCCCCGGAAACGAUAUAAGACGAUGAUGGAGUCGUUACCUCAUUUUAAGUGCAGCUGGGUAUAAACAUUCCAACUGUCUUCAUCGACCACAGGGUGUAACAGACAGUCACGUAAUGUAACGCUGUGGUCUCCGCAUGGAUUAUCUCUUGUUGUAAUUGUGACGCAGUGAGCGUAGGACGUAAUAAUGUGCAGUGGACUAAAAAGCUUUGGUGUCCACGUACUUCAUUGAUGUUGUCGAUUCUAAUUAAGUCCCAGAUAAUUUUUUUUUCUUUUUUUUUGACAUAUGUUGGAAUUUGAAUGUGUGAUAGGAUACUUGGUAUGAGUCUCCACAAAGGUUUUCCUUAGCUUUUAUUUAUAUUAGUGUUAUGGCAAUUACAGAGCGGAAAUUCUUCUUUUUCCCCAAAAAAUAAUUAGGUCAUUGCAGUUCGGUGUUAGCGUCUGCGGCAUUAGGGCCGGGAUACAAUAACAGACUUGAAGAAAAAAAAACAAAAUAUACACGUUUGGUAUUGCUUCAGUAAACCCGCUGUUAUAAUAGUUCUCAGAUCGAUAAACGAUUAAACGGUACUAACGGAUCAUUUCGAAUUUUGUCAGCACGUCUGUUGUAUUCAGCGUAGUUAGUUCACCUUGCCAAAAAGAAGUCAUCUGUCAGCUUUUCCUCUCGUAAUAAGAGUUCUUUCGCUCGGUCUCAGGUCGAGAAGAUGUCAAAGGAAGUACCACAAUAAGCUUUUUUCUUUUCCAUUCUCAAGUCUGUUCUAUUUCCAAGAUGUACGUACACCCACAUACAUGUUUGUGGGAGGCUUGUCAAACAGGAAGGGUGUUUACAGGAUUGGACACAAGCAAGGUUUUGUCCCCCUCUCCAAAGUCAGCCGUUCAAAAACGGACUUUCAAGAACUUCUGCAAUAUUAAGCAUAAUUUUGAGGGUAUUCAGUGAGCAGCUGCAAUGGUCAAAGAUAGGUCUGAGUUUCACCACCUCAGACUUGCUGUCCGGUCUAAUACGAUUUGAAGUAUGUAUAUGCAAUUUUCCCCCCGUCUUUUAUUCAGCAUAGUUUCCCGACACCUUCACCGUCAAAGGUCAGCUAUCAAUCAUAAAGGCACAAAUCCUAAGCAGACUAUCAGUGGAUUCAAUUGGGCAAUUGUCAACCAGCACAAAUUAUAUGGUGCAUUGCCACAAAGGGAAAAACAUAACUAAACCACGGGUAUAUUCUAUCACACGUUGCGUCACUGGCAUUUCAUACGUCGUUUUUAAAGUGUAUUCGAAGAUGAAACGAUUGGAGAUAAACACACAGACUAAACAUACUCACUGCUGAUUACAGUACUCGGAUCCAAGACACAAACUCUCAGCCGGCAAUGUUUUUGUCCCGUCGUGCAGAAACAGUAACUGGGUAUGCGAAACACCGACAUUUUCAUCCUUUUAUAAUUAUCUAGUCAGAUGAUCUUAUUCCGUGACCCCCUCCCUUUAUAACCCUCCACGUACACACAACACGCACUCGGCUCCGGUCAGUCCCUGCGACGCGUAUACGAUUGGUGAAGAAAAUUUCCUUACAGUUCUUCCUGGGCCUUCUCCUUCUUGGAGGCUCGUACAGGAUUUCCUAAAGCAAGUUCUCUCGGCUAGAGAAAUGUUGAGACGUCGUGGGGGAGGCCUCGACCCGUCUGCGUUCACCACAUGCUUCCAAGUGUGUUGAUCUCUUUUAUUAUUCUUUUAUUAAUUUUUAACAGGGUCUUUUUUUUAUGCAGCUCAUGAUGGCCGUUUUCACGAUGACAAUGACAUUUUUUUUUUAAUCCAGGUUUUGUGAUAAUUUAAUUUUAUGGGCGUUGAUAAAAAGAGAACACAGUGCCAUACCUUCGUCUUUCAGCGGAUUGGCACUGGCUAGUUUUUACGUUGUGGGACCAUUAAUCAUUCAUAAAACGCUGCUCUCGUUUGUUGGGAAAUUCUGAUGCAGAAUUGGUGGCAUUAUUAUUGUGAUAAAUUUAUCCUUUUAGAUUUUGUUUUGCUCUCGCUAAAAAGUACCGUUCCUCGUAAUUCAAAGCAUAAUUUUCAGCAAUAAACUGAACUUGUGUUACAAAAUAAUAGUGCAACUGGAAAAAAUAGAAUAUGUUAAAAAUGAAAAGGUCAACAUUAUCCUUAUAUUGAGAAAAGAUACUAAUCAUUUGGGUGUAAAGUGUUUAUACUAAAGAACAAAUUUUUGUCAGAUUUCGAGCGAAAAUUUUUUUUAUACAUAUGUAGGAGGAAUUUGUAUUUGAUCCUUUUUCGUAGGCACAGCAUUCAUUAAUCCUCAGCGUUGUGAGCUGCAAUUCUGUUACUUGUGGAAUUGUGAAAUCGUGUGAAAUGCUAAAGAAGAAGAAGAAGAAAAUGACCAUAUUAUUAUACUGGAGACAAUUUUUCAUGUCUUGACAUAGAUUACUUGUAAAUAUUUUUUAUACUUGUCUUUCAAGUCUGUGAAGACGAUUCAGAAAUAAAACAAUUUGUUGAA